UUAUCCUCGAUUAGGGUUUCUGAAGCCGUGAGCUCCAUAAAUACCCGACGAAAGCCUCGCUCCUAUUGUUCCGGAAAGCGCAGCGGCUCGAAGCGCGAGAGAGAGGGUUCGGAGAUCGGAGAAGGUUCGAGAGCGUCACCUCGACAAUGAGAGCGAAGGAUAAAGGUGUCUAAUGGACAGUACAAUUUUAUCUUUUCCAAGGACUAACAGAUUUGUUGGCACUCGUACCAUUGACCAUUCCCUGGGACUUUGUGCUCUUAAUUUAUCAAGAUAUAACAUAUGCUAUUUGCCUAAAGGAUUGAAAGGUCGAAUUGUUAGGAGUGCAAUGAAAUCUUAUAAGCUUUCUGAGCUUACUCAUACUGAGGUUGAUUCUCUCAAGGCUCGCCCUCGUAUUGAUUUCUCAUCCAUUUUUAGUGUGGUAAACCCAAUCGUGGAUGAUGUACAGUGCAGAGGAGAUGCUGCAGUAAUAGAUUAUACGGCAAAAUUUGACAAAGUUGUACUUGACAAAGUAGUUGAGCUUGUUUCUGAUCUUCCGGUUCCAGAGGUGAUCAUUGCUACCAGGCUUUUUCUUUCAGCUGUAAGGAAAGCAUUUGAUGUGGCAUAUGCCAAUAUUUAUGCAUUUCAUGAUGCUCAAAGGGUUCCUGAGAAGGAUAUUGAGAAUAUGACAGGAGUUCGGUGCAAAAGGAUAGCAAGGUGCAUCGGCGCUGUAGGGCUUUAUGUUCCAGGGGGUACUGCAGUUUUACCCUCAACUGCUCUCAUGCUUUCAGUGCCCACACAUAUUGCCGGGUGCAAAACUAUUGUUCUUGCAACUCCGCCAAGUCGUGAUGGUAGCAUUUGCAAGGAAGUACUUUAUUGUGCCAAGAAAGCCAGUGUAACUCACAUUCUAAAAGCUGGGGGAGCUCAGGCAGUCUCAGCAAUGGCUUGGGGAACUCCAUCUUGCCCAAAGGUCGAAAAAAUUUUUGGCCCAGGAAAUCAAUAUGUUACUGCUGCAAAAAUGAUUCUCCUGAACAGUGAAGCAAUGGUUUCCAUUGACAUGCCUGCUGGCCCUUCAGAGGUUCUGGUCAUUGCUGACAAGCAUGCCAAUCCUGUUCAUGUAGCUGCAGAUCUCCUCUCUCAGGCAGAACAUGGUCCAGAUAGUCAGGUGGUUCUUGUCGUUGCCGGAGAUGGAGUGGAUAUUGAUGCUAUCCAGGCUGAAGUUAGCAACCAAUGUGCUAGCCUUCCCAGAGGAGAAUAUGCUUCAAAAGCACUGAGUCAUAGCUAUGUUGUGUUUGCCAGAGACAUGGUUGAGGCAAUUUCCUUCUCAAACUUGUAUGCUCCUGAGCAUUUGAUCAUCAACGUCAAGGAUGCGGAAAGGUGGGAGGGUCUCAUUGAGAAUGCUGGCUCAGUCUUUUUAGGACAAUGGACGCCGGAGAGCGUUGGUGAUUAUGCUAGCGGCACCAACCAUGUCCUUCCCACAUACGGAUAUGCAAGAAUGUACAGUGGGGUGUCACUAAACUCAUUUCUCAAAUACAUAACUGUACAGUCCUUAACCGAGGAAGGUCUCAAAAACAUUGGACCGCAUGUAGCAAAGAUGGCAGAAGUCGAAGGGCUGGAGGCUCACAAGAGAGCUGUUACCCUUCGGCUGCAGGAAAUCGAAGCUGGCCUACCUGCUUAGCUGACAUAAUGCAGGUUGUUUCUUGAAGACCUUUGCCAUUUUGCAUCAUUCAUAAUCUGCUAAAAGGCCAAGCUGUUGGGGGUGGUCUUUCUUCAGUGCCCACAAGCAGCUCAAAGUGGGGAGUGCAUAAAACAGUCAGCUCAUUUUUACGUGCAAUAACUACAUCCUCAGAUACAAUUCAUCAUCCGGUUUAUGCUUGCAGAACCUAAUUAAGUUGUGUUCUCACUGUUGUGCAACAUUUUGAAAUUCACAAUCAACGAACAAAUGGAAAAGACAAGCCAAUAAUCAGAAUGGAUAGGGUAUUGCUGUUCGUAUUGUGGCAGCAGACAUGCUGUAGAACUUGUCGCCACCGGUAUUUGCUACGUAAGCCAUCCUUUCACGUUACUGUUCUAAUAUGCAAGAAACUUUUUUCUGUUUGAUAUGCAACAUUGUUGAUUGUUUUAGUCUAAAGUAAUAUUUGAACUUGUGCA